GUGACGAAAUACAUGUGCGCCGAAGCUCGUGCGUGUUUGUUUUGGGUGACAGAGGUGCUGAUGGCACAGAAGGUGUACUGGCCAUCAGGUGUGCCACAGUAUACGCUGGAAAGCUCUGACAUGGAGUCAGACCCAAACCUGGAUCCGGAGCAGGAUUUGGACCCCAGCAGAGACGACCUGCCACUGAAGGCCAACACCAACCACAUGCUGGUGAAGCACUACGUGCUGGACCUGACCGUUCACUUCGAUCGCGAGGUCAUCAGCGGGAGCAUCGUCCUCUUCCUGCGGGCGGGGGAAGGGGUGGGACAUGAGUGUGGGGCGCGGUCUGGACCAAACCCCUCCCCCUCUUCUUCCACAGACCACACCCCCGGGACCGAGCAUUCUACCUCGCACUCGACCGACGGCACCAAAGUCGGGAUGGGUGGGGGCUGUUGCCACGGUGACUCGCAGACAUCCACGGCCUCCUCAGAAGGGGUCAUCGCCGGGCAGAAGGAGGCGUCCUGGGAAGACGAUGGCGAUUUCAUCCUGGUGUUGGACUGCUGUGACCUCACUGUGCAGAAGGUGGAGGAGGUGGACGUGGCCUCUGUUCCAGGUCUGGGGGCGCUGUUCUCGGACGGGGUCGGAGGGCACUCGGGCGGGGAGCUAUCCGCCGCCCUGGUGCGUGAGUUGACCUCCAUGCCCUCCACUCACUGGAGGCGUCAGCAGGACCUUUACUCCCGGUGCGCCCGCGCAUCUACCCCACCAGGAGGGGGCGCUCUCCAGUUCCACACUGAACGCUGGAGCCUCCAGAUUCGGAAGAGGGGCGUUCAGAUGCCCCAUGGCUUUCCCCUUGCCGUCAGGAUCUGGUAUCAGACCAAACCCGAGGGAGCUUCAGUGAGGUGGACCAAGGACCAGAGCGGCAGGCUGUGUGUCUACACCCAGGGCUCUCCCAUCAACAACCGAGCCCUCUUCCCCUGCCAGGAGCCACCGGUUGCCAUGUCAACCUGGCAGGCCCGAGUGCGUGCCCCCAGCGAAUGCGUGGUCCUUAUGAGCGGGGAGAACGAGGCCCAUCCCAUCCCAGAGGAGACAGGGCUUUCCUGCUGGGAUUACUACGUCACAAUGCCCAUGCCAGCCUCCACAUUCACCAUAGCAGUAGGGCAGUGGGUGGAGGCCAAGGUAAGACCCACUUCUGCAGCCACGACCGAUCUCAGGACAACGAUGAAUGUUACGGCUGCAAAUCUUUCUCAGAGUAGCAGCUUGGAGCAGAAAUUCAGCCGUCUGGACGGUGAGCCAGGUCCACUUGGUGUGAUCCAGAAACGCUGUUCUGGAGUAGAUUGCUCAGGCCUGACCGGUGAGGAACAGACCCUGCAGGCUGACGUUGAUUGCUCAGGUCUGACUGAAGCAGAGCCCUGUAGCCACGUGGGUUACCCGUGCCGGUUCCCUGACACUGCGGCCCAGCUCCAGGCAGUGAUCCCCCACCGGGUCUUCGCCCCGCCCGAUCUCCUGCAGCGGGCGGGGUCCACGCUCCUCCCCCUCCUGCCCCCCUGCCUGACCGCCGCCCAUUCCCACCUCGGGGUUCACCCCUUCCCCCGCCUGGACGUGCUCAUUGUCCCCCCCGGAUUCUCCAGCCUCGGGAUGGCCAGCCCACACACAGUGUUCCUCUCUCAGAGUGUGUUGUCAGGAGACAGUGAGCUCUGUGGCGCCAGGCUGUGCCAUGAAAUUGCCCACGCUUGGUUCGGCCUGGCCAUCGGAGCGCGUGAUUGGACGGAGGAGUGGAUCAGCGAAGGCUUUGCCACCUACCUGGAGGAUGUGCUCUGGGCCCGGGUAAAACAGAAAGCAGGGGAUGAGGGAUGGAAGUUGAAAGCUCUGUUGCGCUGGCGGAGGCUGAGGGAUGAGCUGCACACCACAGAAGAAGAGCUGCAGAUCCUCAGGCCUAACAAGGAGAGCACAGGUGAGGUCAGCGAAUCAGGGGCCUCCGUGGUCAAACAUGCUCUGAACCCUGAGAAGCCCUUCAUGCAGGUGCACUAUCUGAAGGGCUAUUUUCUGCUCAAGUUUCUGGCCAGUAAAAUCGGAGAAGAAGAGUUUCUCAGAUUCAUCCGCCUCUUUGUGAAUAAAUACCAUGGACAGCUUAUUCUAUCUCAGGAUUUCCUGCGAAUGCUUUUUGAAAAAUUUCCGCACGUACAGAGUCAAGGGCUUACCCUUGAAGUUGUUUACACAGACUGGCUUGACAGACCGGGAAUUCCAGAGACGCUUCUUGGAGUGAGCGAGGGAUGGUUCCGGUGCUCGCUGGUGGAAGAAGUUAAAGAGGAGGUGGCCAAAUGGAUUGAUUUUGGGGGUUGUGGUGGAAGGGGCGCUAAGCGCAGGAGAGUGGGGCCCAAGGUGAACUCCAGAGAGUUGGCCCCAGACCAGCUGGUGCUGCUAUUGGAGCUUCUCCUGGAGGAGGCGGAGCUGAGCGUGACAUCACUGAGAACGCUAGAGCGGACCUAUGGCCUCCGUGGACGAGACGCUGAGGUGAGACAUCGCUGGUGUGAGCUGGUGGUGAAACACAAGUAUACCGCUGCCUAUGGAGAUGUGGAGAACUUCCUGCUGGAGGACCAGGCAAUGGGCGUGUACCUGUACGGAGAGCUGAUGGUUAACGAGGACGCUCGACAGCAGGCCCUUGCCCACCGCUGCUUCUCCCGCGCGUGCCAGGACAUGGACCCGUCCGCCCGCAAGGUCGUGGAAGAGAUGAUCCUCUGAGCAUGCUCAGAUCAGGGGCAGCUGUGUCCAUCAAAGGGGAUCCGGCCCCCCGCCCUCGACGAAAACCAGAGGGGCGGACACUCCAGACCGACUGUCAAACCCGUCUGGCGGUAUCCCGGGACUCUUCCGAACCCGGAGCUGAGGGGCCAGAGGAACCGGCGUGUCGCUGAAUUUACCGGGCCCCUCUCUGCACUGUGGCACGGCAUGCAAGAGCCACCCCACCAUGCACUGGCUGCCGUGUACUGGAAUAAUGUUUCGGUGCAAAACACAAGAUCCUUGUUCUUUUUUUAAAUUUUUAUUCUGUCCAAGAAAUGUUUCUGAAAGUGUAAAUGCCAGGGAAUUUUAAACGCGAAACAUGCUCGUCUUUAAAAUCCAUGGUUCUGGUAACCGAUUCUCAACAGGGGGUUUAGAUGUAGACGAGGCGCUGUGGAGUUUAUACGAGCCGCUUAAUGUCCUCUCUCGAGGAAUUGGAGCCAUUACGUCAACAGAAACAUUCCUGCACCAGAUGGAUUUUACUGCUUCAUGUGUAUCUUGUCAAUAAAGAGCCGUGAAAUUAUUUUCUAAUACU